GCUUGAUAUAUAUACAUAUGUGUGUGUGUGUGUACAAGUCAACAACCAAAAAUGUGUCAAAACAGAGACCAGAGCCUGAAACAACACUCACUCCCCGAGACCAUGAGAGUUAUUUUAACACUAGGGAGUUUAGGGAGCUAGGGAGUCGCCAUUUUGAAGUGACGUACUCGAAUGUGCCACAGGGUUGGUUGCUGGAAAUGGAAAGAGAUUUUGAGCCCAGUAUAAAUCCCAUUGGUUAUGCCUUUGAACCGAUACAGCAUGGAACCAAGCACUGGUACCACUAAGAGUAGAAGAAGUGGUGAAACCGGUGAUUUGGAGAGAAGAGCUUGAAAUUGUCUGGACCAUUUAAUCAGCGACCCUUAUAAGCUAAACUGAGCUUACAUGAUGUGGAAACACGAGUAAAUAGUUUCACACGCGGGAAAAUGAAUACAUCUCUUUGGGGCAUGGACCACUCAUUAGUGUAAUCUCUAUGUAAACUGAUCAGCCACAACAUUAAAAGUAAAUAACAUUACCCAUGUUCUGAUAAUUCAAUAUUAUGCUGGGAAACAUAUGGACCUGCCACUGGUGUGGAUGUUACUUAGGUUUAGGAACAACUCAGAAAAUGUGAAAAACAGGACAAGGUGUCUGGCCACAGAAUCCGCAGCAGUCCCUCCCCUCAACCCAAAGACCCCCACUAACAAGGCCCAUGUCCACUCUCUGAUGACUAAGAACUGUUUUGGAGGCACAAAAAAGACCUAUUUGAACUGGUUUCUAUGAAAGUGUUUACACUGUAGCCAUCAAGUUCACUGGAAUGUUUUCCCCAAAAAGGGGGCGUGGUCAGGACUCUGCAUCACAUGUUCUGGUUCUGAAAAGUGGGCAGAAUCCAUGUUGCUAGGCAACAUCUUCAAGUGCAAACAAUUCUGUCAUGUGACCAGGAUUUGCCUUUGAUCUGGUCCAAGCUUAGUUUCCAGAAAGUGUAUAGUCACAGUCAAAACCAGUCUACUACAGUCUACUACAGUCUAUUACAGAUAACUAGUCUACUACAGUCUACUACAGGCAACUACAGACAACCAGUCUACUACAGAUAUCCAGUCAGUCUACUACAGUCUACUACAGACAACUAGGCUACUACAAAACAGUCUACUAUUUAUUCUCUAGUGUUUUUAUUUCAGUGAAAUGGCCCAAAGAAACAACCACAUACCUAACAGAGGAUUCGCAAGAGUUCCUCAGGACGGUGCCCAACUAAAUGUAGGGUACCGCCACUAUGACGGCCACAGUGAGUCUGCACCGUUCCAAGAAGAACAGUCGAUGAACAAGUCAGAGAGGAUAAGAUUCUGCCACAGAAUUCAUCAACUCAAAGUGAGGAAUGCCAGACUGGAGGGACUGCUGGGGAUUAGGGAGAGGAUGUUUACAGAGGAGUGCCAGCAGUUCUACACCUCCAAGAUGGAGCACGAAAAGAUGCAGGAAAACCUGUAUGCUGAAAGACGUAUGAACGCCCGACUCACUGAGAACAAUGUCUCUCUGGAGAGACAGAAAUCUGAGGUCUUGGCUGAAAAACAGCAGGAGAUCGACCAACUGAGGGAGCAGCUCAGUCAGAGAGACAGGGAGAAAGAGAGUCUCUGUGUGAACCUCAGCGUCGCCUCAAACCAGCUCCGUACGAAAGAGACUGAAAACAUCCAGAGACAGGAGCUGUGGACGAGUCAAUGCAGAGCUCUGGAGGACAAGCUCAGAGAGGAGCAGGCAGAGAGAGAGAAGAUGGAAGUGGAGAAGAGAGCACUGGAGGAGAAGAGGACAGAAAUGGAGGAGAAAGUAAAAGACCUGGAGGGGAAAAAGGAAGAGCUGGAGGAAGAAAACAAAGAACUAAAGGAAAAGGUCAAAGAGCAGACAGAGAAGUUAAAAGAGUGGGAGGAAAUAAAGAAUGAGAUGGAGAAGAGCAACAGAGAACUGGAAAAGAGGAAUAAUGAGUUGGAGAAGGAAAGAGAAGAAAUGGAGAAGAAAAUCAAAGACCUGGAGGAGAGAAACCAAAACUCAGAGAAAGAGAAGAGUGAAAUCAAAACUCAAAUCGAAGUGGAGGAGCAGGAAAAAGCAAUAGAUAGAAGAGAGAGAAAGAGAGAGAAGAAGGAGAAGGAAGAGCAGGAAAAGAGAGAGAAGAAGGAGAAGAAAGAGCAGGAAAAGAGAGAGAAGAAGGAGAAAAGGGAGAAGGAAGAGCAAGAAAAGAGGAUGAAAAGGGAGAUGGAAGACCAAGUUCUACUGGCCCUGGAUGUGUGGGCGUAA